CGCUGCUGUGAUUGGCUGAGAAGGUGCAUAUGUGGGACAAAGGUAGGGGUCACUUUAGCUCUGUGUGUUUAUACAGCACGUCAACACUGGGGUUAUGGCUAUGAUGUUCAACAAGGUGCUCAGAGCCACUGUGCGGUCCGGGAUCCGGUUGCAGGGCUCCAGUGCUGCUGCAGCCAGUGUUGAAGCAUCUCACAGCGGCUCAGCAACUGGCUACUCAUUUGAGCUGACAGAUCAGCAGAAGGAGUUCCAGCAGCUGGCGAGGAAGUUUGCACGUGAAGAGAUCGUCCCUGCUGCAGCCACUUAUGACAGGACUGGUGAAUAUCCUGUCCCAAUCAUCAAGAAAGCAUGGGAGCUUGGUCUGAUGAAUGGCCACAUUCCACAGGAAUAUGGUGGAAUGGGCUUGUCUAUCUUUGACAACUGCCUUAUCACAGAAGAGUUGGCUUAUGGAUGCACGGGAGUACAGACUGCUAUCGAAGCAAACUCUCUGGGCCAAAUGCCUGUCAUUUUAGCUGGCAGUGAUGCACAGAAGAGUAAAUACCUGGGAAGGAUGACAGAAGAGCCUCUUAUGUGUGCGUACUGCGUCACAGAGCCCGGGGCGGGCUCCGAUGUGUCCGGUAUCAAGACGCGAGCUGUGAAGAUGGGUGAUGAGUACGUUGUUAACGGGCAGAAGAUGUGGAUCACCAAUGGUGGAAAAGCUAACUGGUACUUCCUCUUGGCCCGCUCUAACCCAGAUCCUAAAUGUCCAGCUGGCAAAGCUUUUACUGGCUUCAUUGUGGAAGCUGACACUCCAGGAAUUCAAAUAGGAAGGAAGGAGAUGAACAUGGGCCAGAGGUGCUCUGAUACCAGAGGCAUCACCUUCGAGGAUGUGAGAAUACCGAAGGAGAACGUCCUGAUCACAGAGGGAGCUGGCUUCAAAAUUGCCAUGGGUGCCUUCGACAACACUAGGCCACCAGUGGCAGCAGGAGCAACGGGCCUGGCACAGAGAGCACUUGAUGAAGCUACCACUUACGCACUUGAGAGGAAGACUUUUGGCAAAGUUAUUGCUGAGCACCAGGCCGUGUCCUUCCUCCUCGCAGAGAUGGCGAUGAAGGUGGAGCUGGCCAGGAUGGCGUACCAGCGCUCUGCCUGGGAAGUGGACCAGGGCCGCAGAAACACCUAUUACGCCUCCAUCGCCAAGGCCUUCGCUGGCGACAUUGCUAAUCAGGUGGCCACUGACGCUGUUCAGGUAUUUGGAGGAAACGGUUUCAACAGCGAAUACCCCGUUGAGAAGCUGAUGAGGGACGCCAAGAUCUACCAGAUCUACGAGGGCACAGCUCAGAUCCAAAGACUCAUUAUUGCCAGAGAACACCUGGGAAGAUACAAGAAGUGAUCUCUGCACGCCUGAUUUGUCUGCAUUCAAAUAUACUUUGUAACUUUUCUAUACAAACACGUGUUCUUUGAAAUAGAUCUGCUUGCUUACACUCAGGAUAUAGUUGUAAAAUCUUUGCCUUAACAUCAGUUUAUCCUGCCUUGCUUUUUCGUACUUCUCCAAACUGAAUGAACAUCAUCAAAACCCGUCUACAGAACCUGUCCCGUUUCCCAAAUGCAGCUCAGAACUGUGGCCUUACUGUGUGACUCUGUGAAGUAAGAUCAUCAGAUUAUGUCCUGCAAGGCUUCUGCAGAUUGUGAAUAACUGCAGCCAGAUACAAACUCCACUCUAUAUAUGAUGUAAAAUACACAACAUUACAAAAAAUACUGCAUUUAUUUAGCAUUAACCUUGUUAAAAUGAGAACCAACUUAAAAGGCAGCCUAAAAACAAACCAUCACUUUAGUUUUUUUGGUCGGCUAGAUUCAGAUGAUUCAGACGGACCUUCAGCCUUAAGGCUAAAACACACCGGCACCGAACGGGCGCCCUGAUUUCACGCCACUGUCCUGUUUCCUGCGUCGUCGUGCCUGAGGUUACAAAUUAUAGUGACAAAAAAAAAUACAUUGCCUGGCGAACCAUAGCUCUGGAGAUUGGUUCUUCAAAUCUGUGCUUGGGGCAACAAUUGGCGGGCAUCAAAUGAAACGCUGGUGUGUUUUGGCCUUUUUUCUGCCUAUGAUGUCAUACCAAAAGUGACGUACUUGCAGUGUUUGGCUACCCCUGUUGAGCAGUGCAGUGUUUUCAUAUUGUAAAAGCAAUUUAAUUUUGAUCUGUACAAAUCCAUUUCUCACCAGAUGGAUUAGAAAUAGGAAUGUGUCUCUAAUGAAUUAACUAUGUAAAAAAAAAAAUGCAUGUUGUCUGAAAAUAGUUUUCUGUCUGAUUUGCCAAAUUACAUCCUUAACAGUUGCUGUCCGUUCUACAUUAUUACCCAUUAUCAAAUAUAAAGAGCCAUCGGCAGAGAGUACGGAUGUAAUAAUGUGAGCUGUGGUUCAGCUGUCUCACACCUUUCACUCGUUGACAACACCUGUGACAUAAUGAUAUUAAAUUAUUCCAUUAAAUCAAGAACUCAUCAUG